AUGGCGGGGAUCCCACCAGCAUCAAUUGGACUCCUGCUGAUAGUGAUCGAUUGGUUCGGGCCCGCCUCCGACCGCCUCACCAUCCUGCACUUCAACGACGUGUACGAGAUAUCCCCCCGCGCCAUGGAGCCCGUGGGCGGCGCGGCGCGCUUCGUGAGCGCCGUUCGCGCCCACGCCGCCGACUCGCCCCUCGUCCUCUUCAGCGGUGACUGCCUGAACCCGUCCCUGGUGUCUUCCUUCACCCGCGGCGAGCACAUGGCGCCCAUCCUGAACAGCAUCGGCGUGCAUGCCGCCUGCGUCGGCAACCACGACUUUGACUUUGGCAUGGAGGUUCUGCGUCGCCAUGUGGCGGCCUGCUCCUUCCCCUGGCUCCUGUCCAACGUGCUGGACCCGCGCACGGGGCGCCCCCCCGCCGGCCUGUGCGAGUCGCACCUGCUGACCUGGCGCGGCAUACGCGUCGGGCUGCUGGGCAUCGUGGAGCGCGAGUGGCUGGCCACGCUGGCCUGCGUGGACUUGGCGCGCGACCUGCGCUUCCUGGACCCGGAGGCCGCCGCCGCGCGGCUGGCGGCCGACCUGGUGGCGGCCGGCGCGGAGCUGCUGGUGCUGGCGGGGCAUGACCACCACUGGGGCGUGGAGGCGGUCGCCCCCCACGGCACGCUGGUGGUCAAGUCGGGGACCGACUUCCGCGAGUUCACGCGCCUGGAGCUGGCGCUGCCGCUGCGCCCCCACCCCGCCCGCCCCGACGUCGCCUGGGCGCGGGUGGAGGUGGGCGCCGGCACGCCCCCGGACCCGCCCACCCAGGCGCUGGUCGCGGGGUUUGAGGCCCUGGUCGGUGCGCACCUGGACCAGGCGCUGGGCUGGACCCACGUGGGGCUGGACGCGCGGGGGGAGGCCAUGCGCGGGCGCGAGACGGUGCUGGGCAACCUGCUGGCAGACGCCAUGCGCGUGGCCAUGGGCUGCCAGGUCGCGUUCUUCAACGGGGGCACCGUGCGCUCCGACCAGGUGCACGCCGCGGGGCAGCUGACGACGCGGGACGUGGUCACCAUGCUUCCCUUCACCGACGAGCUGGUGGCGGUGGAGCUGACGGGCGCCGACCUGCUGCGCGUCCUGGAGACUGGCGUGGGCGCCUGGCCCGAGCCGGAGGGCCGGUUCCUGCAGGUCUCGGGCCUGCGCUUCGCCUUCGACCCGGCGCGCCCGCCCGGCACGCGGGUCGACGCCGCCUCCGUGCACGUGGGCGGCGCGGCGCUCGACCCCGCUCGGCGCUACUCCGCGGUGACCAAGGCGUACCUGCGCGACGGCCGCGACGGCUUCGCAUGCAUGCGCGCCGCGCGGCCGCUGCGCGUGGAGCUCAACGCGCCCAGCCUGGCCACCCUGGUGCGCCACCUCUUCUUCCGCAUCCAGGCCCUGAACGAGGGCCUGGCGAGGGGGGAGGGGGGGAAGGGUGGCGGCGCGGCGGCGGCGGGAAAGCGUGGCGACCUCGUGGGAGCACGACAAGGAGUCAGUGCAAGGCCGCAGCACGGCACACGGACCUCGGGCGACGUGGGCAGCAGCGGCGGGCCACGAGCGCCCGCAGCGGGCGCUGCACACGUCGCCGACCCAGCAGACAGCCCCCCUUCCGAACCAGUCAGCCCGACGGGGUGGUCGCCGGAGGUGCUGAUGCAGCCGUACGAGGCAGGGCUGGAGAAGCUGUACUGCUUCGACCCCGGCACGGGGAAGUGGGGCGUGCGCCCAAAGGUGGAGGGGCGCAUCCGCUGUGUCCCCGGCUGCCUGCCGGAGCCUGGAGUGUGA